GCAUUGAGGAGCUAAAUAAACAGGCAGUCAGAAGCUUAUUGUCGUUCACCAUCAUUAUUUUGAUGUAUUUUGUAUUUUUUUCUUUGUUUGCUUGUUUAUCGACAUGUCAUUGUUUUAUCGAGAAAGAUGUGAAGGAGAACGAGAGCCACUGUGGUCUUCUAACGCGGUGGCUUGAAUCCUCACUAGUGUCAGUCGAGAUCACCAAGAAGGGUUUUCACAGGGAGGUGUUGACCACGGUUGAGCUCAGCCCAGAUGUGCUCAGUGGGGUCAGAGUUGUGCUGGUUCAUCGAUGGCCCAGAGGUGUCUUUGUUGAUCCGUACCAACUUGCAUCCUUGAGUGAGCAAAGCGAUUGGCAGAUAUUACUAGAUUCAGCCAUCGACCUGGAGGUGCCUGCUCACCAGACUGUGGGAUUCGUCACAUAUGUGUAUCCCUCCCUCGAUGGACCAACUCCCAGACUAAAAGUAACAAUUCCCAUUCACGGUCGCUACCACGAGCCUUCUUAUGAUGGAGAAACGUUUACAUCUGUCGACAUAGAACAUCCAGAGCUGCUGCUGCGGACUGAAAAAUGUACGCAGCUCCACAACGUAGAGCCUCAUGUGGUGGUGGACGCCCCCUGUACUCACGACAACUCAAGCACAUGUCCGUGGGUUAAACUCCAGCAUCAGGAGCGGGGCCUCGUGUGUGUUCAGUUUCCAGUGGGUGACGGGUCUUUGGUGACGCCCGUGUGCGCUGGAACUCUUCUGGUCACAAUGCUCUGCUGUGUGGCUCUCUCCAAACACAUGUGGAAACAUCACAUCAUUUAAACUACAAACAACAUAUCUUAUCAAACAGUUCACGAUGCUGUAGUUAUACAGUUCUGUCUGAUACCAGGAUCAUCCUGACAUCACUAUGAUCCACGUUUUCUACAUAAAACAUCAAAAGGCCAUAAAAAAAUAACACCACACAGACUUUAACACGCACAGAUAGAAAAGUUCAGGUGUAUAUGAAUCAUUUUAAAUGAGAAAUACAUAGAACAUCUUAUCAUAAGGAGGGACACAAACAGAGAAUCUAUUUUACAUCAGUCCAGGUUUCUAAAUUAAAGCGGUUCCUGGUUUUGCCUCAGUUACUGUAAAUAAACAUCUGUGUUUUGAUAAAUCCAGCUUAAUGUGAAAGAAUUCCUCCUGUUAUCAUCUUAUCAUCACAAUAUGUACAUUGAUGUAGAUAAUUGGUGUAAAAGAAUGUGUACAAGAAACAAACUUUCUGUCUCUUUAUUUCUAUCUUUGUGGAUGUUUUGUUUUUAAGUUCACUCAAAUCAACAA